AUGAUGUUCCCCGCUCACUCCCGAGGGACAGCGCACAGCGAGAGCGAGGGGAUCUCAAAUUGCUGUUGGAAAGUCGCUAGAGGCGGUCAACUUCGUGCCAGCAACCAGUACAACCUCAAGCAGCAUCAGUAUUUCCAGCCUGCGAAGCGCCAUGCGUUUUCGGAUGAGUUCAUUUCAUGUGCUCGGGGCGGUUUUGUCGUGCCGUUCCACGCUGCUGCAUUCCGUGAGGUCGCCAAGAACCUUGAGCACAGUUGGGAUUGGGACACCGCAGAUCUUUGCGGAGGCGAGUUGGAUCUUUACAUUGCAGAGAAAUCUAAGUCGGGUGGAUCAAGCACGGGGUUGGGGAGGAGCGACAUGCCUAACGGCAUCAUGUUCGUGCACUAUGCAUGCUAUGUGAAAGCAGGCAUGUGGCAUCCCCAGUACUUCGUGCGAUCCCAGCGAUACUCUGUGGCCUGUGCCACGGGGUUCCUUACGGAGUCCACGACUUACACGAAGCUCAAGGCGGACGACAUCAAGCAGUACGAGCUCUCGUCUUGCACGGCUGAAGAGGACUAUCAAGACCUGGAGGAGAAGAGAGAGACCCCGGUGCUCAAGGGCAUGCAGAACACGGGCUCCCUCGUUGUCAACCUUCUCGGUGGCGCUGUCAUGAGAGUCUCCAGUGACCAUGGCAAGCUCUGGAAGAGUCCCGCCGUCCCGGACUGCAACCUAGAUCCGCCCAUCCCACAAAAGGCAGCCGCAGCAUUGCCUGCCUCCUGUGAUGUCGUGAGCAUCGGAGCUGGUUGGGCCGGCGUUUACACGGCGUUCCGACGAACCCUGUUGGGAUCGAAGGUCUGCAUCUUCGAAGCGUCCCACCGGGUCGGUGGGCGCACUUACUCCCACAAGUUGGUGGCAGGGAAGAAGCAGGAGCCAUUUACUCUUGACGUCGGCGCCUACCGCUUCUCCCCAGAUAUGCACCUUCCCGGCGAUGUGAUUCUGAAGGUCCUGGGACUUCCAACCGCUUGCUACGAGCCGGACUGCCCGCCAGCAUCAAAGGACUUUCCAGCGCCCUUUCACUUCAACUACACGGCUCCCCUCCGGCGCAUCGUGGAUGCGGAAGGUCUGCCGGCUGGGUAUGUGACCGCCAUCGACGGCAUGUUGAAGAUCAUCAUGGCUGCAGGGGGUGAGCUCUUCCUUGGCGCGAAUCUCACGGAUGUACAGCCGCAGGCCAAUGGCACGCAACUUGUCUUCGGAAAUGAAAAGGUGCACGCGAAGGAGGUGAUGCUGAACUUGCCACGCACGCCUUUCUUGUCGCUGCCUUCGCUCAGGGCGGCGACUCCCAACCGCACCAUCAGCAUGGCGAAAUGCGUGAAGUUUGAUCUCCCAACCAGCUUCUUUCCGGCUGGCAGCUUCCAGCUGGGAAAGAGCCUGUCCAAGGCCUAUGCUUUCUACGAUGAUGCCUGGUGGAUCUCGAAGCUGAAUCAGUCUGCCGGACAGCUCCCUGAGAAUGCCUUCAUGCCCGUCAACACUAGCGAGCACAUUCCAGUCGGCAUUCACUUCAACGAUGGCCCUCUUCGCUGCGAUGCCGACCGCAGCAACUGCCGGGGCUUUCUCGAGGUUUACUACUCCACGGUGAAUGACGAGGACUUCUUCGAGUCUCUUCGGCCGAGCACCUUCGAACCCCUGGGGACCCUGACACCGGAGAAGGACAGCACCGGCAAGCUGCCGAGGCUGCACGCUGCUGUCAUGGAGGCGACGAAGCAUCUCUUCGAAAAGAAGAAUGCCACGCAACCCAAGGAUCCUCCCUCGCUCUUGGUGGUGGGAGUCUGGGAUCGUACCGGCUCUGGCUACACUGCCCCAACGAAGGUCUACUACAGUGCCCUCCCCUCGACACCCGGGGGCCCCGAUCCUCUCGCGAAAGCUUGCGGUGUGGCGGGCCUGACCGAGAAGGAGUACCGAGAUUCAAUUAUGUUCCCCGUCCCGGGGCGCACGGACAUUUCGCUCGCCAACAAUGACUGGGUGGCCCAGACCACGGAGACCAUGUUUGGCGAUUGGGCCGAGGAGAGCCUCCUCCAGGCGGAGCGGGCGCUCCGGGUCAAAGGCUUCGCCAGGCCCAAGUGGCUCGACCAGGACUACUACAACCGCAAGGUGGCGGGUGCGACGGACCACCUGGUGAGUUUGGUUGUCUGA